AUGGGUCGGUCGAAGGCAACCGCUAGGCGAGCCAGGGGAGGCCCCAUCAGCAUCGGGGACGCCAGGCACUUUGACAGCAUCGUUGGAUCGUCUUCGUCGUCAAGUAUUGCAACCCCUCAUGGAGGAGGUAAUUCAUCUUCGACCUCCGGGACCCACUCGCCCAUCGACUCCUUACCGGCGAGGGACCUGCCUGAUAGGCUAAUUGAGUUCAUGCUGGGUUCAACCGCCACAUCCGAACCCCCCAAGAAAAGACAAAAGGUCGUGUCACGGGAAACCGAAGAACCUUUGUAUGAGCAUGUUAUCGUGAAGAAGUCUACUUGGGAGAUUGAAUUUGCAGGAUCAAAGCUGUCUCAAUUCGAUGCUCCGCUGGAGAAGGACAGGAUUCGACCAUAUGUGUCCUGGAUACGGCACUGGGGUCCUGAGUAUAUCGAGAUUGUGGAUGAGAGAAAGCAAUGUGUGUUCCAUGCACCUUUGCCACCCCAAGAUGGCUUGGAAGACGUGUACCUGGCGCUUCUGGUGAACCACGAUUCCACCUCCAAGGCUCCAGGAAAGCUCUGGACCGAUUUUGGAUUGGUCUUGCUUGAAAAGAAUGGCCGUGAUGUGUUACAAAUAACAUUCACAGUCAAGUGGAAUACAACUUCCUCACCAUACAGCCUUGGACAAGCCUCUGUAAAAACAGAUGCUGUCCGCCAAGUGUUGGCCAGAUAUUUUCCCGAUCCACAUGCGUCCAAGCCAGAGAAGUGGUCGCCUCAAGAUUUCUAUCAGAGUGUACACUCGCCUGACAGAAAUGACGAAGUCACGGCGAUGCAGGUAGAGGGGUUGGAGACUGAGCUGUAUCCGUUUCAGAAGCGAGCUGUCCAGUGGCUGUUGAAGAGAGAAGGAUUUGGAUGGUCGGCCGAAGGCCUUAACAACCUAGCUCCAAGAGCUAGCGGAGAACUCCCGUUGUCCUUCCUUCAAGGUAGCGAUGAUCUUGGCCAGACAUGUUACGUUAGCCAUCUGUUUGGUCUCAUCACUUUGGACCCUUCACCUUUUAUCGAAGUAGAGAAGCAGCUGAAAGGCGGGAUAUUAGCGGAAGAGAUGGGCCUUGGAAAGACCGUCGAGAUGAUAUCGCUGAUUUCCCUCCAUAAACGUCCACAGGAACAAGCUCAGGUUUAUGAUAUCAUCACGGCUCAGAAUAUCCGCCCAACAGGAGCAACUUUGAUAAUUACACCACCGUCUAUUCUUCGACAGUGGAUUUCUGAAAUCAACAGACAUGGCCCAAGCCUGAAAGUUAUGCACUAUGAAGGUAUUAAGGCACAUAGCAAGUCAAACUUUACGGAUCUUAUGGAUGACCUCGCAUCAUCAGAUGUUGUUAUUUCGACAUAUUCUGUCCUUGCCGCAGAAAUUCAUUUUACCCAGCUGAAUCCAGAGAAGACUUUGCGUCGGGAAUCAAAGUAUCCUAGACCCAAGUCGCCUCUGAUGAUGCUUUCAUGGUGGCGUUGUUUGAUAGAUGAGGCACAGAUGAUUGAAAGUGGAGUUAGCAAUGCCGCGAUUGUUGCAAGAAUGAUUCCCAGAAUCAAUGCUUGGUGUGUUACUGGUACUCCAGUGCGCAAAGAUGUCAACGAUCUUCUCGGUCUCCUGGUAUUCCUUCGGUGCGAGCCAUACGCCUCCAUCAAGCAUGUCUGGUCCUCCCUGAUCUCAUCACAUAAACCCGAGUUUCGAAAGCUAUUUGGCACGUUAUCCCUCCGUCAUUCCAAACAGAGCGUUCGUGAUGAACUGAAGCUUCCGGCCCAGAGACGAUACGUAAUCACCAUGCCUUUUACUCCAAUCGAGGAACAACAUUACCAAGAGCUUUUCAAUCAAAUGUGCGCAGAAUGUGGCCUUGAUAACCAGGGAGCCCCUAUUAUAGAUGAGUGGGAUCCAGAAAGCUUUUCUGAUAUCAUGCGAAGAUGGCUGGUGCGUUUAAGACAAACAGCUCUCCAUCCGGAGGUUGGAGGGCGAAAUCGAAGAGCUCUGGGACAAAAGGAUGGCCCAUUGCGAACUGUUGAUCAAGUUUUGAGCACCAUGAUGGAGAAUACAGACCUUUCAAUCAGAACCGACCAGCGGACCCUACUGAUUACUAAACUAAAGCGUGGCCAACUCUUCGAGAAUUCACCUCGAGUCAAAGAGGCCCUUGAAAUCUGGGUUGAAGCUGCAAAUGAGGCUAAGGAUAUCGUGGAAGAGUGCAGGGCUCAACUUCAUCAGGAGAUAUCAAUAGCUGAGACAGGAAAGUCUGUCGGUGGAAAGGUUGCCCUCUUGGGAAGUGAGAACGAAAGCGACGAUGAGCAGGAAGAAGUGGAUCCGUCCUCUCGUUUAAGCGCAUAUCGAAACAGGCUUCGGACAGCUCUUGAGAUAGAGCAUAUGGCCAUAUUUUUCCGCACAAAUGCAUAUUUCCAGGUAAAGACCAACGAAGAGAUGACCAAAUCUGACAGCGAUGAAUUCAAAGCUUUGGAGAAGUUAGAGGAAGACGGUUACGAGGAGGCCAAGUGGAAGAGACAGGAGAUCCUCCAGGAGAUUUUUGGAAAGGCAGACAAGCUUAUGAAGAAGGUCUCACGAAGAGCAACAACACAAUCCUUUGCUCAGAUCCCAGAAUUCCAAACUGAGCCCGCGAAAGGCGGCAUUGAAAGUCGCCGAAUAUCACAGAAUCUGGAUACCCUGGCUGCCGCACUCGAUGCUCAAGCCAAUGUCUUGGAUGAAUGGAGAGAGGCGACCAUUCAAUUUCUUCUUCGGCCUCUCGUGGACGAGGAGCAAGGUAUCGAAAUAACUGGAGAUGAGUACGAGGAAUCGACUAAAACCCAAGAUGAAGUCAUGGUGUAUGUGGCUGCGUUGAGGGCCGUUAUUGGUGACCGACAUGAUGCUCUGAGCGGCCAAAGCAACGAGCUCAUCAAGCAUGACGUUAAGGUUGCUCUUCGAGUUGCCAAGGACGGUGAAGGCGCAUGUCCUGAGAAGACCAUUGAGCUCUUUGGUAUUCGCCAACAAGUCAAACCAACCAAGGACAUGGGCUCCUUUCGGGGAAUUAUUUCGGACCUCAGAGGUCUUGUGACAUCCUUACGGCCAGAUGCCGAGAAGGGAAAUUCCAGAGCAACUAUUGAACUAGCGAUCGUCGACAAACAGUUGAAGAAAGUCCAGCAACAGUUCGGCCAGCAAGACAAAGCUGUUAAAGCUCUGGAAAAAGAAAUCGAACUUCUCACCAGGUUAAUGAAUGCUAGACUUGAAUACUACAGACAGCUGCAACAAGUCUCGGAUAUGGUUGCCCCUUACGAGGGCCCGAAUGAUGAGAGAACUCUUGCUAAAUUUCUUCAGGAAGAAGAAAGUCUAGGCCGAAAGAUUGCGACAGCGAAGGCAAAGAGAAGAUACUUGGACCACCUACGUAUGGAGGCAACUAACCCAGAGGAGCAAAGAAUAUGUGUGAUCUGCAGAGAAUCAUUUGAGAUUGGCGCUCUCACUGUUUGUGGUCAUCAGUACUGCAAAGACUGUAUCCGCAUGUGGUGGCAUUCACAUCACAACUGCCCCGUUUGCAAGCGUAAACUCUCGCAAUCCGACAUGCAUCAGAUUACCUACAAGCCCCAGGAACUCUCGAUUCAGACGGAGGAUAUUCACGACGUCCACCAAGAGCGAUCCUCGCCAUCGAAGCGAAAGUCUGUAAUCUAUUCAGAGAUCAGUAAAAGCAAACUGGCCGAGAUUAAAAACACCGAUCUCGAUGGGCCAUCUUUCACGACUAAGGUCGAUACUCUCGCACGGCAUCUCAUCUGGCUUCGCGAGUCAGAUCCUGGAGCCAAAUCUGUUAUCUACUCCCAAUUCAAGGAUUUCCUCGAUGUCAUAGCCCAAGCUUUUGCCAAGUACAGAAUUGGAUUCACAUCUAUCGACAAGCCGAACGGCAUUGAGAAAUUCAAACAAGAUCCUGGGAUUGAGUGUUUCCUUCUACAUGCCCGAGCCCACAGUUCAGGUCUUAACCUCGUCAAUGCCAAUCACGUCUUCCUCUGCGAACCGCUUCUCAAUACUGCGCUCGAACUCCAAGCUAUAGCUCGGGUCGAUCGAAUUGGACAGCAUCAAGAAACAAAUGUGUGGCUCUACCUCGUGGACGGCACCGUCGAAGAAUCAAUACACCAACUUUCCGUGAGGCGCCGCAUGGAACAUAUUGGUAAGCGACUCGCGAGUGACCAAGGCCACGGCAAGGAGAGAGAAGUCUCACCAACGGAAUUUCUGGACAGUAAUCUGGAAGAAGCGAAUUCAAUGGAACUUCAGCAAGCUUCACUUACAGGCUUGUUAGCGAAGGGAGGGAAGGGAGGCGAAAUGGUCGUGAAAGAAGACCUGUGGGAUUGCUUGUUUGGGGGCGCGGAAAAGCGAGCAAGUAAAGAUAGGGAGGUGAGACGAACGUUACGGGGAUCUGAUUUGAGAUUUGAUGCUGAGAUUGGGAGAGAGCUGAGAGCUGAGGCUGCGGAGGAGAGAGUGGUUGCUUCUGGGGUUUCGGAAUGA